GCAGACGACAUUGCAGAGGAGAACAUCGACCUCAUCGUCAUUCCCAUUAUAGCAGACGCCAUUGCAGAGGGAAACAUCGAGCUCAUCCCUCGCCAAGCAUUCUCCGCUCCUCAGGUGUCACGUCAAGUUCGGAGACCUUCCUCAAAAGGUGUCCCUGCUAAUUUUCAGUUUCUCAAUAACAUUGGUUCACAUAUGGACACUUACGCAUUGAAGGCAGUGACGGACUUACCUGCUCCAUUUCGCUCUGCUUUUAGUUUCAGGUAUUUCAACUCGUUGCAGAGCGAAUGUUUUCCUACAUGCUACCUUUUCGAUGUGAACAUGGUCAUUUCAGCACCAACUGGAAGUGGAAAAACAGUACUUUUUGAGUUAUGCAUUAUGAGGCUUCUCUCCAAGUCCAUCAAUUGUGAUGGGAAAUUCACGCACCUUAAGGGGACCCUUAAAACAUUGCUCACUGGAGUAAAUGUAUUCUGUUAUGAAGAUCUACAUAGCUCCAUCAAAGGCAUUGGUACAAGAGAAGCUGCGGGAUUGGACUCAGAAACUUGGACCACUGGGAAUACAUUGCCUCGAGUUAACGGACCUGACCUCCCUUCCUCACAGAAAUUUGAUGCUGUGACUCGUUAUCGUAUAAAAGAUGGAGGCUUGAGUUUUUUCAGCGAUAUAGCACUUGUGCUUAUUGAUGAAGUUCAUUUGCUGAACGACCCUCGAGGAGCAGCUCUAGAAGCAAUAGUCAGCAGAAUUAAAAUGAUUGCUCGCAGCCCUGAAAUGAAAUCAAGUUCUUUAUCCCUUAUCCGAUUCUUAGCUGUUUCUGCUACAAUUCCAAAUAUCCAUGACCUUGCGGAGUGGCUUAUGGUUCCUACUCAGGGAAUUAAAAGAUUUGGAGAAGAAAUGAGACCAGUAAAGCUGACUACCAAAGUUUUUGGAUACGCAGCUGCUAAAAAUGAUUUCUUAUUUGAAAAGCGUCUUCAAAACUACAUAUAUGAUACAAUAACCAGAAGCCUUCAAUCUUUAGAUCUUCUCAUGCAAUUUUCUGGAGGAAAAUCUGCCUUGAUCUUUUGCUCCACCAGAAAAGGAGCACAAGAAGCUGCACAACGACUCUCCCAGAUAGCAAUGACUUUUGGCCAUUCAAGUCCUUUCAUCAAAAGCAGAGAACAGCAGGAAAGAUUAAGGGAAGCCUCAUUGUCAUGUAGUGACAAACAAAUGCAGUCUUACAUACUUUAUGGUGGUACGAUGUGUGGAAGAGCAGGCCGCCCCCCGUUUGAUGACACGGGAAUGGUCAUAAUAAUGACGAGAAAAGAAACAGUCCAUUUGUAUGAGAAUUUAUUAAAUGGGUGCGAAAUGGUGGAAUCACAGUUGCUACCGUGUAUGACAGAGCAUCUUACGGCAGAGAUAGUACAAUCAACAGUCUCAGAUAUCACAAGGGCCAUUGAAUGGAUGAAAUGCUCAUACUUAUACAAUCCUCAGAACUAUUCAAUUUCGAAAGGGAUGACUGGUAAUCAAAUAGAAAGGCACUUACAAGAGAUCUGUGUUCAGAAAGUCAAUGAGCUGUCACAAUAUCAGAUGGUCUGGACUGAUGAAGAUGGUUUCCUCCUGAAGCCACUUGAGCCUGGAAGGUUGAUGACAAAGUAUUACCUGAAGUUCGAUACAAUGAAGCACAUUAUACAGGCCCCGGCAAACUGCACCACUGAAGAUGCACUUCACAUUAUAUGUCGGGCAGAAGAAAUCUCAUGGAUACAACUGAGGCGGAAUGAGAAGAAGCUCCUAAAUGACAUAAACAAUGAGAAAGAUGGUCGACUUCGCUUCCACGUCCUUGAUGAUAAAGGAAAGCGGAAAAAACGCAUCCAAACCAGAGAAGAGAAGAUAUUUAUUCUGGUGAAUGAUUGCUUGACUGGCAAUCCUUUAGUGCGGGACCUAUCCAUGAGCCAGGACAUGAACUCUAUAUGCUCAAAUGGGUCUAGAAUUGCGAAGUGCAUGAAAGAGUACUUUAUUUACAAGAAAAGCUAUAGAGGAGCUUUGAAUUCAACGCUGCUUGCCAAAUGCUUGCAUCAGAAGUUAUGGGAUGACAGUCCUUACUUGCUGAAACAAUUACCUGGAGUUGGAAUGGUGACUGCAAAGGCACUGCAUUCGAUGGGAGUAAUGACAUUUGAUAGCCUCUUAGAAGCUGAUUCAAGAAAGAUAGAGCUGGUGACUGGUCGAAAAUAUCCAUUUGGGAACCACAUCAAGGAUUCUUUGUUGUCUCUACCCCCGAAAGUUGAGAUGGUUCUUGAGGAAACUGAGGGACAAAGGAUGGGAAAGUCAAAGCUUCUGAUAACUCUAACUAGGCUAUCACAGCCAUUGCAAUCAAAUAAGAGACACUAUGCUGAUAUGAUGGUUGGUGUUGAAGAUGAUAACCUCAUUCUAUUCUAUGAAAAAAUAAGAUUGGAGGACUUCUCAAGUCCUUACUGUGCUACGGUGUUGUAUUCAAGUCCUCGGCAAGGAAAGCUGACAAUUAAAGUGGAUCUAAUACAUGAAGAAAUCAUUGGCAUUGAUCUACAUCAAAAGGUUAUUAUCACGCCACCGUUAGACAUAAAACUCACCAACAAACAUAGACCAAAGGAUCUCAUCCCAUUUUACCCCAAGGAUGUUCACACCUUAAAAGACGAUGAGGAUCAUGCCUUUGCUGCUUCUAAUAAAUUGAUAGAGAACUCAGUUUCCAUGCCCAGCUUCAAGCUUAUUGAUGAAGAUUUGGAAGAUGACAUGUCGGUUGAUAAAACCGAGAUUGAUGACUGUAAAAUUAUAACGGAAAGUACUGUGUUCGACCAUAUUCGAACAAAGGCAAAGAGUUUGCCUGUUUUGCCAAUGUCCAGCGACACACCUUCGCCAUCUCUAGAAGCCUUCACACUUAUCAGAAAACGCACUCGCGAGAGACAUCAUGAACUGGAUAAUGACAUCGAGGUUUCAGGACUACAGAAGGGAAGUAAAAUUUCACGAAAUACUCAGUAUUUUGAACUUGCCGAACCACAGCAGGACGAGAACUUGAAUUUUUCGCCCGACAGGCUCUUUGACCUAUUCAAGGACGCAGAUUUUUGGAAUGUAGAAGACAAACGAGCGACUGAACACCAGAAUACUGAGUCUGGAGCACUUACUCCUCAAGAAACAAGUCUUCAAAGAGAUGAGGUUCCUGUUACCUGUGUAUCAACGAAAAAAGAUGAAAUUCAACUCCCUGUAAUCUCUAGUCAAAGCGAUUUACGAGAAAGACAGCUUUGCUCACUGGCAAUCCCCGCAGAAUUGAAACUCUACGUAGAAGUACAUGUCACAGUUGAAGAUAUGCUGGUAUGUUGGAGUAGAAGG